AUGGUAGCAACAAAGAAUGUCGCUCUGGUAGUCGGUGCCUCGCGCGGCAUCGGCCGGCAAAUCGCCAUAGAUCUAGCGAAAAACGGCUACGCCGUCGUCGUGGCCGCCAAAACAACCUCCAAUGCAUAUGAAACGGUCCCCUUCCCACCAGACCCGAACUCCUCAUACUCAACAAUCAACACCGUCGAGCGCGAGAUCCGUGAAUCCGGUGGCGAAGCAUCCGCUCUCCCCGUGGACGUGCGAGACGUCACUCAAGUCGAGAAUCUAGUACACGAAACUGCCCGCAUAUACGGGAAAUUGGAUGUUUUGGUCUACAACUCGGGAGCAAUCUGGUGGUCGUCUGUUGAGAAGACGCCGGUCAAGCGGUUCCAGUUGAUGCAGAAGGUCAAUCCGGAGGGGCUAUAUGCUUGCGUGCAAGCUGCGUUGCCGGUAUUUGCGAAGAAUGAAUGGAAGGGGAGGGUGAUUGUCGUUUCACCGCCGAUUUAUCCGAGGUUUUUCCGGGGCAAGACGGCGUAUGCUAUGGGCAAGGUUGGAAUGAGUGUCUUGACGAAAGGUUUGGCGAUGGAUUUUGUCCGGCAGGGCCGGAAGGAGAUGGCCAUUACUAGCAUCUGGCCGGCAACUGCCAUUGAAUCAGCCGCAACAGAAAUGACAUCCUCCAAUGAAGACAAAUCAAACCUUAGACAGGCAACAAUCUUCUCCGACGCCAUUCUAGGCAUGCUAAACGCACCAGCAGAAUCUGUCAAUGGUCUUCUUGAACUCGACGAAGACUUCCUGCGCAAGUAUUAUGGUGUAUCUAAUUUCUCCAAGUACUCCGUUAUCCCCGGGGCCAGUCCGCGAAGGAUCAUGCCCAAGGAGCUGCCGACGUUGACAGUGGCGGAACAGGAUGAUGAGGGGACUAGGCUUGAUAGUACUGCUUUGAGGCAGACGAAGUUGUAA